GGGGAGAUCAAAGCGGAGCAUCAAGAGGGCCGGUGACAGGAGGGCGGGAGGAAGGGCUUCACCCAGCAUCUCGGGAAAAACAAUGGCAAGUAAGACUAUGGCAGCAGCAGCAGCAGCUCCUGCUUUCCUGUGCAGGUAAUCCGAAUAGCAGCAAAGCCCCUGGAGCCACCCAGUCUCCCAGCAGCCAGAGCGAUGUGCUGAGGUCCCCAGCCUAGGCGGCCAUUGCAUGGGAAGCGGAGAGGGGGGCAAGAGUCUUCCACGUCCAGCACAAGCGCCCCUGGCUGGUCCUCAUCUCUUUGCCCUCCUCGCCAGGGCCACUCUCACAAGUUGCAGACGGGGCUCCGCCAGAGUGUCAAAAGAAGGGGGCGGGGGGGACUAACGUCUGCCUCCCUCUUUGGCCUCCGCGAUCCUGGGCUGGGCGGGGGCUGCAUUCCCAACCCAGGCAGGUCAGCAUCUCCGGGACUUGCAAGGGACCCGGGUCCUCCUUGCCCGGCGAUCGCCUCCGUAAGUGCUGGUGUCAUCAUCAUGGUUUUGUUUAGGCUGCUGCUAACGGGGCCCGGCACGGCCACGCGCGCCCGGCAGGGAGCGAGGAGGUCGGCGCUGACCUCUUAAGCAGGCCACGGAGAUGGGUGGAGGCGGUCGGGAGGAGCGCCAGGCCAGCCAGCCACCCAAGGAAAAAAAACCCCAAAAUCAUUCUCGGUUCCCUGACAUCCAUCAUGUGUUGUACCUUUCCGUCGAAGGCUUCCUUUCGCUGUCCUGGUCUGUCACGUUGGGAAUUGGGGAAGUGGGACGGGGAGCUGGAUUUAGUUCAGAAGUGGCUGGGAACCGACUCAUCCCUUGCAAUAAGCAGAGCUCUGCCCGGACAAAGUUUCUCUUUGACUCUCUUUCUCUCUCUCUCGGUGCUUAAACGGACUUCCAUGCAAGGCCCCAGCCAAGCGGGUAAUUCUUCUUGAGAUUCAACAGGGCCUUUGGGAAUAGGGGUAAAUAGCUCCCCACCCACCUCCACCCAAAAAACCCAGGCUGGUCUUGUAUAACAAUGAUAAUCAAUCUUGGGAAAUGAAAAUCCAUUUGCAUGUUUGAGCCACACAGUUCUCACUACAGAGCAAUUAAAUAAGUGAAUGAAAAGUCGGGGUGGAGUUUGCUUUAGAAAAUAGACUUCUAUAUAAAAAAGUGUCCCAAUGUUCUUUCCUGGUUUCCUUCAUUCUCAUGAGCAUGCUCCUCUCCUGGGAAAAGAAGGACACCUGAAGUGAUGGGGAAAGAGUCCUAACCACAUACGAACUAUGAUGGGUGAGGUUCAAAGUGGUUAGGGCUGCUUAGGGAUGUGAUAUUGUGGUCACGGUUGAAAGUUCUUUAAAAAUGUCAGCUCUGAUGACAACUCAGCUGUAGCAAUAUUAAGGUAAAAAUAGUGUCUGGUUAAAAACAACAACCCUCAAGGGUUAAAAUAAAACUGAGGCUGUUGCAAUGCGCUGCACAUUUAGGAGAGAGUAAGUCCAACUGAACACAGUGGGACUGCUGAAUAAACAUGCAUAGCACCUGAAUGCUGGCAUAUAUGUGCAGGGUGAGUUUCUAGUUUUCUCAUUUAAAAGAAAAGCAUGGUGUGGCAGGAGGAGGAAAUGUAAAAAAGGGGGCAAGUGCAUUCUAGGAGUUGGAAGAGAAGAAAGGUUUAAUCAUUAGGAACUUUUAACACAGGGGGAAAAGGCAUUUCAAUGGCAUUUUUUUUUUAAAAAAUGUAGUAAUAAAUACUAUGGAGUGCCCAGGGAUAAAAUAUAACUGCAGUCUUAUGCCCACUACCUCCUGUUGGGAGAAGAUGCCAUUGAACUCAGUGAGACUUGCAUAUGAGUAAAGAUGCCUAGGGUUGUACAGUCAUUCUCUUAAAAAUCAAGAAUUCAUGCUCUUUCAUUAAAACUAACUUAGCAACAAAAGGAAGUGCUUCACACAAUGCAUGCAUGUAGUUUGUUUUUCGAACUUAACAUCACAGGAUAUUGUUAUAGUGAGAAUAUGUUUAAAUGACUUGAUUCAAUUCAGGAGAACCGAUCUGUUGUUAACUAAGUUUCAUUGCCAAAAGUGCAGUAGUAAGGAUUAAUAACAGGCAUGGGAUAUUGCUAUUGAGUCUUGCCUUGAAGGCACUUCAAGUACUGUGCCCUUGUUGCUUGUCCACACUCAAGUCCACUCACAUGAUACUUCUGUAGGUCACCUGACUAGGCCAUGUGAGAUUCCAGAAGGUCAGCUGGCCACCUGGUGAGUUACUUGAUACUCAGCUAAACUUAUUUCUACUUUAUUGACUCACAUCUAUGUUUAUAGCACAUGCCACCAUCCAGAAGGCUUGAGCUGAGUAACUAUAGUAUAGCCUUCCUAACUAAACAGAAUGUUCAAAUUAAAAGAGGAAUUCAUUGAGACUAGCUUCUGGGGAGAUGUGCCUAGGAUUGCAGCAUUAGUAUUUUAAGGUGGUUAAGAGUUUGGUUCAGAUUUCAGCUCAACCAUGAAUGAACUGGGCUGGUCUUAGGCAGCUCUCCCUCCUCAGCUCUUCAUCUAUAAUAUGGUCCUAAGAAUACCAGUCUAAUUUAUAGGGUUGCUGUAAGGAUACCUUGGAAGGUAACAACUGAUUUAUCCUUUCCCCUCUAUUGCUAGAGAGUAGCCAAUAGGACUUCAGAAGAGCAAGGGAAGAAAAUGCAAGGAAAGAGCUUUCCCAUCAGGCUUCUUGACUGAAGAGGCAAGGAAAUGCACUUUGCAGCAGAAAAGUAAGAAUUUGGCUGUUCAAGACAUCAGUCAAGGAGAAGACAACCAAAAGCUCUGGCCCAAAAUGAAUUAUAGCACAUCCACUGCGAACACUUUGUACCACAGUGGCACUCGCACUUCCGAACCAGACCAUGGAAUGACUGUGGACGGGGCUGGAUCAGAAACUGCUACGCUGACCCCUGAAACCAGCAGCUUUAACAGCACCAAAAUUCCAGAUGUGGCUGGCAAUGGUUCUGGCAUGGGGACCAUGCUGCUGUCCUUCGGCAUCAUCACUGUGAUUGGGUUGGCUGUUGCUAUGGUAAGACGGUGUCUACCAUGUGGUUCCUACGGGAGGGCUGCAGAUUGCUUAGUUCAGGAGCUCCACUAUAAUAUUUCAAGUAGGGUACAAAAAUGCCUAAGACUGGGCCAGUCCUUGGGUGCCAGUCUACCUUGAUCAUAUAUCAGUUUAAAUGGCAUGGCUUUUCACCGAAGGACCCUGGGAAUUAUUUUCUCAUUUGGGUGUUUAAAAUCCUCUGUUAGAGAUCCCAAGACACCCCCUCUCUCCAAAAGCACAGAACUGCCAUUUCCUAGGAAAAGGGAAUAAUUAUUAAGUCUAGCUAUAGGGUUGGCUUCAGAGAUGAAGUGCAAGCCAGUGCGUGUCUACUCAGAAGUAAGUCAUGUUGCGUUCAAUGGGGCUUGCUCCAAGGUAAGCAUGUGUAUAGGGUUGCAGCCUAAGGUUGCAAUCCCAUUCAUAUUUUCCUGUAAGGCCCGUUGAACACAGUGUGACUUACCGGUACUUCCAAGGGUUGCACUGUAAAUUAAGCUGCAAUCCAAUAUGGGCUUAUUUGGGAGUGAGGUUUCCUUCUGAUUAUGCAUGUCUAGGAUUGCUCUCUUAGUUACUGAGUUACCUCUUACUGAGGUAAAGUAAACUGGGUUUCCAACUAGUUCUUCCUAGUAUGCAUGAGUGUACAUGAAUGCCCCAAUCCUACACCUGCUUUCCUAGGAGUAAGCCCCAUUGCACUCAAUGUAAUUUUGCAUGCCAAAGAGUAUACAGUACUUGUUUUUCCUAGGAAUUGGUGUGAAAAGGUUUCUCCAGUACUUACAACAACUUUCUGCUUUUCUAGGUUUUAUAUAUCAGGAAGAGAAAACGGUAAGUGCUCCUUGCUGUUGGUAAAGUAAUGUUUAGAGACUGAUUGUUUCUGUAUUUGAAAAUCUCCUGUAAUGACCUCUGCACUUAGGCAGCAGAUACUGAACCAAGCCAAAGAUUGUACCAUUAAAGCAAUCUUAUACAUGCCUCCUCAGAAAUAAGUCCCAUUGAGUUCAAUGAGAUUUUUCUCUCAAGUACAUACGUAUAGGAUUUCAGCCUAAAUGCAACUUUGGUGAUGUGGUCCCUGCUCAGAGUAUUUAAAUUCUAAACGGUUGCUGAGCAAAAACUGGAACGUUGAUGUUCCUGUGCAGUCCGAUAACUUCACAGUGGUGGAAUUUUCACUGUCUGUUUCCCCUCUGUAGACUAGAGAAGUUGCGACAUCAGCUCAUGCCCAUGUACAACUUUGAUCCUGCUGAAGAACAGGAUGAGCUGGAACAAGAGCUGUUGGAGCAUGGCAGAGAUGCUGCUUCUUUGCAGGCUUCACAGAAUAAGGUAACCCCCCCCCCCCUGACCAAGGCAUUGAUAGUUUGGUAUCUUAAAGGGAUAUUGUGAUCAUCUCUGCUUGGAUGGCUCCAGGCUAGACCCACAUCAGGUUAGAAGAAGAUUUUCUGUGCUGCUUUUCCUUCUGAAGCCAUGACUCUUUCCCCCUUUUUCAAAGUACAUAUAUGGGAUUGGAAUUUGUGAUCAAUUUUAGUGCCAAAAUUAAAAGGUUUCUGUAAGUGAUUAUGAAGGAUUAGCUGAAGUUAUUGCAACAAUAUGUGUGUGUGCGUGCUCACAUACACACAACUUUCUGAUUUUAAUGGGAGCUGCUUUGAGUAAGUGCACAAAGGAUCGCAACCUCUAAUGCUAAUAAAAUGAACUGAGUGGAACCUGAAUGCAGGAGACACCUGGAAGAUUCAUUUGUUCAGCUGUUUAGAUGGUAGUUGUAAUGGCCCUAUAAUCCUUGUCCUAAAUGUGUGAAACUGCUUUUAUACUGCAGACCAUUGGUUCACAUAACCCAGUAUUGCCUGCUCUUGACUGGCAGUGGCUCUCCAAGGCUUAAGAUACAAUUCUUCAGACAUAAAUUCUUUAAGUGUCGUUUCUGGGAUUGAACCUGGCAUCUCAUGCAUGUAAAGCAGGGGUGACCAGGCCUGCAGGAUCUCCUUCGGGGUGUGUGUGGUGUGUUUUUUUUAUUACUAGCACUGUGAGGUUCCCCAAUGACAGUUGGGUGUAAAAUAGUAACUCAGGCCGGCUGGAAGCUCAGCCCAGGAAUUUGCGAUCAGCACCAGAACCAAACUUGCAAGUUCUUUCACUCACAAAUACAUGCCUGGUUCCCCUCCCGCCCCCCUGAUAAAAAAAAUACUUUGCAGCAACAAAAUUUGUGGGAGUAAAGCGUUUUUGUUGUCGUUGUUGCUGAUUCACCCUUGAAAAUACUAAAACCUUGCUAAUCUACUGCAAAUAGCCAGCAAUCAUCCAUUAGAUCCUGACCUACCUUCUGCCUUCAUUUAAUGUAAAGCAAGUAUUGAAGUCAAUAUGAUACAGAGUGGAACCUACAUUGGCUGCAACUCUCAGAGUUCUAUAAAAAUCAUGUGUUAAAAAGUGAUGAGGGAGAAACGCUUCACAAAUGCUCAGAAGAAAUCUUUACUAUUGCUCUGCAUGCUUCAAAUUAAGCUUUUGCAUAGAAACAAGUUCCAGAACUGAGCCAUGGCUUCCGUAAAGAAGGAGAGGAAAGGAGAAGCGUUAGCUGAUCUCACAAUGUGUGUUUGUUUUCUCUUCACAUUUUCUCUAAAAGCUUAGCCAGCGGGAACAGGAAGAUCCGGUAUGUUUCUGUGCAGGUGGUGGGAAUGGAAUAGAGUAGACCCUUCUCUUGUACCUGAACCUAUCCUGUAAUAGAUCAGUAGAGAAAUCCUGGUAGCUUUGAGAAAUUUAUCUUGGCCGUGAUCAGAGCGACAAGCUCAUGCCAGCAAAGAACCUGUUUACAUUCACAUUGAUAACUAAGGAGAUUACGAGCUACUGGUUCAGUGUGAUGAAAUCAGUUCUGCAAUAUUAUAAUUAAAAAAACAAGCAAACAGCUUUUGAGGCAGUUUAGCGGGAUUUUUAGCCAAAUUGGAACAUGCUUAGAAAUAGCAAAUGGCUCUGGUAGGCUUGGAGCUGCCCCUGGCUAUAGGGUGGUAGUGAUUGGGUGCCACCAAGUUGGGGUUCUGAAAAGUCAGAGGAGGGUAAGGCUACCUCCUUACCCACCUGGCAGUGCCAUCUCCUUGGGUCCCCUUCCUGACAACACUCCAGCGAGGCGGGUACUGCAGGGGCCUCUCCUAGUGUGAUUUCCUCCCUAUUCCAAGUCCAGGGCCAUGACAGUAGCAGUUGCAACACCUGCAUUCAAUUUUUGCUUCAUUUCUCCCUCCCUGCCCACCUGGUGUUUUUCUUCCCCUAACAAUAUUUGUUUGUGGACAACCACUUCCUGCCACCCAGGCCACCAGAGAGCAAGAGAUUAGUUGUGUGUUUACUUUUACGAUACAUGGACCUUUAAGAAUCUGGCUCACUAUUACUUCUGUCAUAGGAUUGCCUAUGAGGGCAACAUUUUACAGGUCCCAGAGAAGCAGAUGAGGGUAAAGUACACACAAAUUCCUUCUUAAAUCUGUUUCCACCACCGUCUCUUUCCAAUUUCUUUUUUUUGGUUACAGACAAAUCAAGGGGUGCUCCAGAGACCUAGUCGCCUUGUGUUCACAGAUGUUGCAAAUGCCAUCAAUGCAUGAGCAGUGCUUCCUCAGUCCGAGAGGCAGGAGGGUGACACCAACCAGCUAGCAACUUGCCACGGACAGUGACCAUUGAUUCCAGCUGGGGGAGAAGGUGCCAGGAACCAAUGUGAAGCCUGUCGGGAAUCUGUUGCCAUCAAGAAGCUACUUCACUCAGAGCUUGAUUGGUAAUGUCAAUACCGAGCUGUGUGUGCUGAAAAGUGCAAGGUUAUUUGAGAUAAAUUGAUAAGAACAUGCAUUGUGACAGGCUAGAGUUAGGAACGAGAGCAUCAGUUUCUAAGGCCUUCCUCCAUUGGGUUGUUGUCAGAGUAUCCUAACGUCAGAAUCUUGCAGGUUAACCCAAUCCACUCCAUGCAAUAGACUCCCAUUCUCAGAUAUGUGGGUGCAUCUUUCUGGCACUGGAAGCCUGGGCAGUUGUCUCUGUUAUCUGGACUCAAGCCUAUAUUAUGAUGUGCACCUGGUUGUCCCAUCUCAUGUUUCAUGUGCAUAAGAGGCUGACCUUAAGCAUGAACACAAGGUCCAGAAUUUUCCUUGCGACCUUCUAUUAGAUUUCUCCAGCCCAGGUACUCUAGCUAGCUCACCUUGAGGACCAUUUGCAAGCUGAUGCUGUAGAGUGUGGCUUCUAGAAGCUGGAAACUCUCCCAUAUCAGAAGGGCUACCUCUCAUGAGCACUUAACUAAAGGGAGAGUCUUAGAAGUAGGAGCAGCAAUAUGUAACUCGUGGAUUUUGAGAUGACUUAUCCCAUCCUUCUUCAGCCAAAGACAGUAAGCCUUAGCUGAAGACCUUUGUGUGCACAUGCAUAUUCUUGCAUAUACUUAAUCAGAGAUGGGUUCAUGUCCAUACAGAACUGUUAAAAGCCUGAUCUGUGUCUGCCACAGGAUCUGCAUUCAAGGUUCUUUUUGCAUUCUUUUGAAAAUAUUCAAGAACAUUACAAGAAAAGCAAAAGGCGCAGGACAGUUUUGUACAUUAGGUUCUUGUUCUGACCUGGCUCUGUGUUCCAUGCUGAAGAUAUUCCAGAUUUUCUGAUAGUUACUAAAUCGAAUAAAUCCUACAAUGCAGGCAAACCUCAGUACAUGUAAGUUAACACAGUUUUAUUUUACACUCCUGGUAGAGUGGGGAGGAGAAUGUUGUUAUUUAUUUAUAUAUAUUAAGAUAAUUUGUAUCCCAGCAUUCAACUAAAAAUAGAAUGCUCGAAGGGCUCGGGGUGUAGAAUGCAGAUUUUGUUUUGCCCCCCCCCCCUUAUUUUCAGCAUAGUACCAAGGAAGAGAGAGGAUUACCAUUCCUCUGGAACAGCCUUUUCCAAUCAGAUGCCCUCCAUAUGUCUUGGGCUACACCUCCCAUCAGCCCCAGCCAGCCUGAGGGCUGAUGGGAGUUGUAAUGUGAAACAUCUGCAAAGCACCAGGCUGGCAAAUGCUGAUGUAGAACACAAGGGAACAAUAGUGAUGCUGAUGUAAAGGGUCGAGCAAAGAAGCCCCACACUGUCUCUGCUGGGAGCUCAGGUUCCUUAUGAGUUAACAGGGAUAUUUUGGGACACUGAAAUUUUCUUUUAGAAUUGUGAAUAUGAUAGUUUUGUUCUCCUCCCCAGUGGUGGCUUACAUACUCAGGAAUUUGCAGUAGCAGCCAGGUGCUGCGUUAGGUCAGUCUUUGUGGUCUGAUGAUGUCUAUGCCUGUUUCCGAAACCCUCUUGAUAUUUACGUAUUUAUUAGAUUCCUAUCCUGUCUUUCCAUCUCCACGUUCGAGGAGACAAACCAAAUAGCCAUUACACGAAACUGCUGUAGCAAAUCAGUCAAGAAGCAUCGAAGUAAAGUACAAUCAAAGGGACAGUGUUUCUUGAUGGAAAAUGGGAGAGCCUGGUUCGGACCCUCCUGCUGCUGGCAGCCGGUUGUGCCCUACAAUGUCAUUAGUGUACAAAGAGAAAAGCCGAAGUGUGGGCAGGUAAAAAGCCCUUCUGCUCUCCACAAUCACUGUGCAGUUCAGGAUCAUAGCUCCUUGUACUCCUCCAGUUGUUUUUGACCACAACUCCAUCAGCCCCAACCAGGAUGACUAAUGGUCAGAGAGGAUGGGAGAUGGAGUGAAGCAUAGAAGGGCCACUGUGCAAGUAUUGACAUUUGUGGGCAUCUGUGCACUUUAGCGCAGGUUCCGAAGCUAACCACAAACUACUUAUUUAUGUGUGUGCUGCUUAUCAGGGCAAAGGAAAGUGUGGCGCAGUAUAAGUAGGAUUUCAUAUUGAAGUGUUUGUGGGGGAUGAGAGUAUCCUGGCUGUUCUCUUCUGUGCUCCCAAGGGAGCUACAGCAUCCGAAACGCACUUCUGUCACCUUCUUCGGUUUCCAUUGGGAACAAAAUGGGAAGCUGGGGGGAAAACGUCAGAGAAACCUCAUUCCAAUCCUUUAACCUUCUAACCCCAGUUUCUCUUUUCUCCCUUGAUAUAAUUUUUUUGCUUGGCACACUUGUUUCAUGCAAGAGGCAGGUUGUGAUCAUGUAAAGCUGGAUCCAUAUGAUAGAUUUGAGAUGCUCUGCUGUCAUGCAGAUGAGUAAGUGGCCUGACAUAUGCAGAGCGGUACUGUUGAUGUGUUGUCACUGAAUGUGCCCCCCACCCCUGGCCUGUGCAUGCAAGUUUGCCACUCAGGUCUUUUCUAGACCUGUAAAACGUGUGUGUAGAGGUGUAUAAUGCAUAUGACUGGCGACGUGAGUAUAUAGUGUCAAACUCCAUGAAUUAGAACUUUGCAAUCAGUGUUAAGUCUCCCUACUCCCUAUGUAUCUUCUUCACUUUUGGGGUGUAUAAUCGCAUCGGAUCAUGAAAACUUUCUCAUUCAAUGAUCAUUUCCUGAGGGCAUUCACACAAACACCAGUAACACAAUUCCCUCUGCCAGUCCUACUUGGGAACUCCUUUUGAAAGAAAGAAAGAAAGAAAGAAAGAAAGAAAGAAAGAAAGAAAGAAAGACUCUCAAAAGAUUCCAAGGGCUCAGCUGAAUCUACAGUUCACAGAUAGCUUUCACUGUGACUUCAAUUUCCAUUGCAACCCAGAUCUAUAAGACAGCAACCCUGGCUGGCAUUGAUGGCAUUCAAUAAGGCUGUAGCUUAUAAAGUGAAGUAUAUUGAGGCAUUGGAGGUUGGCAGUAAGGCCUCCAACACUGAAUUAUCAGGUGGUUUGUUAGCAGGCAGCAGCUGCUACUCAGAAGUUGUGCACCACCCUUUGCCAACCAUAAGUUUUGGACUACAAUGCUCACCUACCCAUGACAGUAUAUCCCCAAAACAUUUGGAGGGCACCUGGUUGGCAAAGGCUGCUCUAUUCUUUGCAGUGCUGGGUUUCUUUUUCUCACUGACAGCAUUGGCUCUUUAGCAUUCUCAUCACUGAAGCAAAAAAAUAAAAUAAAAAAUGACUGGAAAAUGAAAUUUGUUUCCAAAGGCAACAAUAUGCUCCAUGAAGUGCCAUUAACUGAAAUCCUUGCAAUUCUCAGGCACUUGAAAACAUAGAGGCUGAGUGAUUAACUUACUGCAUAUUUGGUAGAAACAUGCACUUUGAUCAUAGGCUGUUUCUGAAGGGCAUGCUAUAUAUAGUAUGAAUGGUUCUGGAAAGGAAAUGGGAUAUUAUUACCAGUUCCUUUCUGCCCUGCAUCUGGAAGGCUUUCAGUAAUGUAGUGCUGAUGGCUUCACUGAAAGGGCAGCGCAGGUCUUUGUUAGGCUUGUGUACCAUCGUAUUCUUCGAAUGCAAUAGCCCUUUCUUACAUGGUACUUGGAAGUCUCUGCGUAAUGUAGGAUAACCAUUGCAAUAUGUUCCUGUAUUUGAGACGUUAUUAAAAUAUUUAUGUGAAAUCAA